ACGAUUUAAUCGUUUCUUUCAUCACUUUGCCCAUGACAACUAUUGGCUUUUUGUUGUUAUUUUUUUAUCAGGGCCAUUUGUUGUCGGUGUAAACAUUAAAUAAUUAAUUUUUAAUGUUUUUAUUUAAAUUUUCUCUAUAAGUUAUAUUUUUAGAGAAAUUAAAAAAUUAAGAUUUAAUAUAUAUCCGAUUUUCAAAAAUUAUGACAUUAAGUUUCGUAAUAUAUAUUUAUUGUGCUUAGCGUUAAAAAAGUAUACUGCUGUAAAAGUUUUAUAAAAAGCGUUUGUCAGGUUAAAAGAUAGACAGAAUGAGUUUCAGCAGUGAUGAAGUAAAUUUUCUUGUUUAUCGAUAUCUCCAAGAAUCAGGUUUCUCGCACUCUGCCUAUACAUUUGGUAUUGAAAGCCACAUCAGCCAGUCGAAUAUAAAUGGAGCCCUUGUUCCUCCCGCAGCACUCCUUUCCAUCAUACAGAAAGGUUUACAGUACACAGAAGCUGAAAUCAGCAUUGGAGAGGAUGGUUCUGAAACCAUGAUUGAAUCUUUGUCCCUAAUUGAUGCAGUAAUGCCAGACGCUGUUCUUUUAAGACAACAGCAAGCGCACAACUCCAAGAAUUCUGUUGUCAAAACUGAGAAUGCUAAUGCAAAUGGCGAAGAAGGAGCAGCAAAUCACUCUGAAAAUAUGGAUGUAGAUGGUAGUAUUGAAAUUCUGAGCAGCCGCACCACUAUACUCAGAGGCCAUGAAUCAGAAGUGUUCAUCUGUGCUUGGAAUCCAACAUCAGAUUUACUUGCAUCUGGGUCUGGAGAUUCGACUGCCAGAAUCUGGAAUAUGGAGGACAAUGCUGGCUCCAACAGUAGUAACCAAUUAGUCUUACCUCACUGCAUUCAGAAGGGAGGUACUGAGGUGCCCAGCAAUAAGGAUGUUACAUCUCUAGAUUGGAAUUCGGAUGGAACAUUGCUUGCUACCGGUUCAUAUGAUGGUUAUGCUAGAAUGUGGACUACAGAAGGUAAAUUAGCUAACUUGUUAGGGCAGCAUAAAGGUCCAAUAUUUGCUUUGAAAUGGAACAAAAAAGGAAACUACAUUCUUAGUGCUGGUGUUGACAAGACUACUAUUAUAUGGGAUGCGGGUACUGGUCAAUGCAGGCAGCAGUUUGCUUUUCACAUGGCUCCUGCCUUGGAUGUAGAUUGGCAAACUAAUACUAGUUUUGCGUCUUGUUCUACUGACCAAUGUAUUCAUGUUUGUAAGUUAGAUGUGGAUAAGCCUAUUAAGACAUUUACUGGGCACACAAAUGAAGUGAAUGCAAUCAAGUGGGAUCCACAGGGAGUAUUAUUGGCUUCUUGUUCAGAUGACAUGUCUCUGAAGAUCUGGAGCAUGAAGCAGGAUACAUGUGUACAUGAUCUCCAAGCUCACAAUAAAGAAAUUUAUACAAUUAAAUGGAGUCCCACAGGACCUGGUACCAACAAUCCUAACAUGAACUUAAUUUUAGCCAGUGCUUCGUUUGAUUCUACUGUGAGACUGUGGGAAGUGGAGAGGGGGGCAUGUCUCUAUACAUUGACCCAACAUACAGAGCCAGUCUAUAGUGUUGCUUUCAGUCCUGAUGGAAAGUAUUUGGCCAGUGGUUCAUUUGAUAAGUGUGUUCACAUUUGGUCAACACAGACUGGCCAACGAAUCAACAGCUUUCGGGGGUCUGGUGGUAUUUUUGAAGUCUGCUGGAAUUCCAGGGGUGACAAAGUUGGUGCUAGUGCUUCAGAUGGCAGUGUGUUUGUACUGGAUUUGAGGAAGAUGUAACCAGCUUACUUUUUCUGCUAGGAGUUACUUUUUAUUAAAGGGGAUUUGAUCUGAGUUUUAGGGAGGGAGAGAGGGUUGCGACGAUUUCUCUCAGUGUGAGAAAGAAACUGUUUUUAGUGGUGGAGAGAGAAAUGUGCCUGCUUAAUAAUAUUGUACAGAAGAUAUAAAAACAAAUUGUUCAUUUUAAUAGUUAUUUAAUGUUUUCAUCUCAUAAUUUAUAUGUAUUGAAUAAAAAUCACUGUAUUUUACAA